AUGACUCCUGGACUCGGCCCGACGCUAGCGGCCUGUAAGACACUAGGGAGCCAGCCUCUCGGCUCUCCUGGACAUUGCCUGGCAUAGAGCUGUGAAUUUGUGCACUGAUCGAUAUCGCAGUGCGCGCGCAGCAAGCAAACCGCAACCAAUUCACAACAGUCAGCACGCGCGCGCCCACCGCCGCGCCUUAGCUAGCGACUGCAAAGCUCAAGACCACUCACAGCACGCGUGCCCUCGGCGCGCCCUAAGCAAUCAAGGCUGCACAAAAAAAAUGUCAGCGAAAGCAGUAAGAGAACACUACGGCAAGACCUUACUGGCUCGUCAUUUAAGUGAGCACGGCGUCAAUGUGGACGCCCGCGGCUUCCUCGUGCGGACCGACGUAAAAGAAGCGUCGAGCGAGCACACCUGGACUAAUUUAUUAGACGAGAACCCCUGGGCCAAGACCACGAAACUCGUCGCGAAGCCCGACCAGUUGAUCAAGAGGAGGGGCAAGGCCGGUUUAGUAUAUGUCAACAAGACGAUAAGUGAAGUGCAAGGCUGGGUGGACAGCAAGUUAGGCCAAACUGUCACAGUAGAUAACGUCGAGGGCAUCUUGCACACGUUUCUGGUGGAGCCCUUCGUUCCUCAUCAACAAGAAGACGAGUUUUAUGUGGCUAUCACUUCAGAUAGAGAAGGUGAGACGUUGCUGUUUUGCCGGGACGGCGGCGUGGACGUCGGCGACGUCGACGCCAAGGCGUCUCGAUUAAAGUGCGGUUUGGACAACACGCCUACCCUACAAGAACUAGAACUAUUUGUGCAAGACGCACCGGUAACUCGACGGAAGCAACUCGCCCAAUUCUAUGGCGCUUUGUUAAAGUGCUACAGGGACCUCCACUUCACUCUGUUAGAAAUUAACCCCUUGGUCGUCGACGACGAGAAGGUAACACCGCUAGAUCUGGCCGCGAAGAUCGACGAAACCGCGCACUUCCUCUGCCAGAGCAAGUGGGGCCCGACCGAUUUACCCGCGCCGUUUGGUAGGCCCGAGUUCCCGGAAGAGGCCUAUAUUCGCUCGUUGGAUGCCAAGACCGGUGCUUCAUUAAAACUAACAAUCUUAAAUGUGACUGGUCGAGUGUGGACGCUCGUCGCGGGUGGUGGGGCUUCUGUGGUCUACGCCGAUACGAUAUGUGACCUGGGUUUUGCGCAUGAAUUGGCGAACUACGGGGAAUAUUCCGGUGCACCAACAGAUGAACAGACCUUCAAUUAUGCCAGAACCGUGCUAGGCUUGAUGACGCGUACGCGCAGGGACGACGGCAAAGUACUCAUAGUAGGCGGCGGCAUCGCGAACUUUACGGAUGUGGCCGCUACUUUUCGUGGGUUGGUCAAAGCUCUCAAAAUGUACCGUGAUGAGUUGUUAGCUGGAAAUAUCAAGAUAUAUAUCAGAAGGGCGGGCCCGAACUACCAGGAGGGCCUCAAGAUGAUGUUGAAAUUGAGGCAGGAGUCCGGGCUAUUUAUACGGGUGUUUGGGCCGGAGCAGGACGCCGUGAGCGUCUGCCCCUUGGCCCUCGGUCUCGUCCCGGAGGACUCGUUGCAGGACUUCGAUCCUGAUAGGAGAGAAGUGAAGGUCGACGAAAAGGCCAAAGUACAACCUCCUCCAGUACCUGGUUCACCGGUGCCGCGCUCGCCGCAACGGACCUUCUCGGCCGGCUCGCUGUCGUCUUUAUCACUGGACGCCAUGAGCCAGACGCAGUUCUCUGAUAAAACUAGAUGUAUUGUGUACGGGCUGCAAGCUAGGGCGGUGCAGGGCAUGCUGGACUUCGACUUCAUGUGUAAGCGGAAGAAGCCGUCGGUCGCGGCGAUGGUCUACCCGUUCCAAGGGGCUCAUUAUUCCAAGUUCUACUGGGGCACGGAGGAGACGUUGGUGCCCGUGUAUCCUUCCUUACAACAAGCUUGUAGUAAACAUCAGGACGCGUCGGUGUUGGUUAACUUCGCGUCGUACCGAAGCGUGUACGAUACGUGUAUCGAUGCGUUUGACCAUCCCCAGUUACGAACAUUAGCUAUCAUCGCCGAAGGCGUGCCGGAGAGGCAGACCAGGGAGAUCAUCGCGAGAGCCGCAGAAAAGCAGGUGGCGUUAAUAGGCCCAGCAACGGUAGGCGGCAUCAAGCCAGGCUGUUUCCGGAUCGGGAACACGGGCGGCAUGCUCGACAACAUCGUGCUGUCGAAAUUAUAUAGACCUGGGUCUGUCGGUUAUGUUUCUAAGAGCGGUGGCAUGUCGAACGAACUCAACAAUAUUAUCUGCAAGAAUUCGGACGGCGUCUGUGAAGGUGUGGCCAUCGGCGGCGACGCCUAUCCCGGGAGUCGCUUUGUCGACCACUUACUACGAUACGAAAACAAUGAAGACUGCAAGAUUUUAGUUUUAUUAGGUGAAGUAGGUGGUGCGGACGAGUACGACGUCUGCGAAGCGAUUACGUCCGGUCGCAUCACGAAACCAUUGAUAGCGUGGUGCAUCGGGACGUGUGCUUCGGCUUUUAGUUUUGAGGUGCAAUUCGGCCAUGCGGGCGCUUGUGCCCGCGGCCGCGGGGAAGAUGCUCGUUCUAAGAAUCAAGCUUUACUACAAGCGGGCGCCGUCGUCCCUCGGUCAUUUGCGGAGUUCGGCGAUGCUAUCAAGAAGGUCUACGAGGGAUUGGUAACAAAAGGUACUAUCAUACCUAAGCCCGAACCGGACAUCCCGAGGGUACCCCUCGACUACACGUGGGCUAAGAGGUUAGGAAUGGUUAGGAAGCCGGCCAAUUUUAUCUCUACCAUAUCAGAUGAUCGAGGGGAAGAGCUCAAGUACGCUGGCGUUCCCAUCUCUGAAGUCUUUGCCGAGAACUUAGGUGUGGGCGGCGUGCUAUGCUUACUAUGGUUCAAGAAGCGACUACCAGCUUAUGCUACUAAAUUUGUAGAAAUGGUGCUCAUGGUGACCGCGGACCACGGCCCAGCAGUAGCAGGUGCCCACAACACUAUUGUGGCGGCACGAGCCGGCAAGGACUUGGUGUCGUCAUUAGCGUCCGGGUUACUCACGGUAGGACCUCGCUUCGGCGGCGCCCUCGAUGGAGCGGCUCGCAUGAUGACCGACGCCCUGGAUCGGGGCAUCUCUCCAUUAGAUUUCGUGACCGAGUGCAAGAAGAAGAACAAGUUGAUCAUGGGUAUUGGUCAUAGAAUAAAAUCGCUGGAGAACCCUGAUAAACGAGUUUCGAUUAUUAAAGAGUAUGCUCUACAACAUUUCCCGAAGACGCCUACCCUCAACUUCGCUCUACAAGUGGAACAGAUAACAACUCAAAAAAGAUCGAACCUCAUACUGAAUGUCGAUGGCUGCAUCGCCGUUUGUUUUGUCGAUCUUCUUAGACAUUGUGGGGCGAUGAGCGUGGAGGAGGCCGACGAACUUAUUGGAGAUGGGUGUCUGAACGGGCUCUUUGUCUUAGGUCGGUCGAUCGGGUUCAUUGGGCAUCAUUUAGAUCAGAAGCGCCUGAAGCAGCCGUUGUAUCGGCACCCGUGGGACGACAUCUCGUACAUCUCCGACGACCUCUGA